CACUUCCUGUAGUUUUCUUGUAUUUUCUGGCCACACGGGUUACCGCUCACGUGUUGCGUAAUAGCGAAAAAGAAAGAAAGAGAAAUAAAAACUAUUCAAAAAACAAAAAUAGGUGUCACCCUCCCACCACAUUUCAUUUAUGAACGAGAGCGUCUGUUGCAGCGCUUCUGUAAAUAUACUCCUGCGUGUCUAAACAAGUGCAGUCAGAGGUUUUGGAAAUGUCCUCCGUCGUUGCUUCCUCCAAUCAUCCUAUUUCGCACACACCCCCCUGCAGGGAUUAUAUUUCUUUCGUUUUCAUUUCCCGGAAGGGUCGAUUGUGAAAAUAGUGGCGUUUAAAAAAAUCUUCGAGGGUUUUCGUUCAAAAGUGAGUUUUGUUUGAGACGUGAAGUUUUUUUUCAUUCUGCUUAUGAGGAAAUCGAUUUUCUGUGCAGUCGAGCAGAUUAAAGGACAUUUCCAUGGAGAGCGUUUCCCCGUCACCUUUGAUCAAGCAAGAAAACAGUCCUCCAUCGAUUAUACGUGAAAGGCAAGUCAACAUUUACCCCACUGUGCAUCACUCCCCACCUACCCACGAUCCUUUGGUCAGUCCUCCCACUCAAGAAGACUUGUGGCAUCUGCCUGGAAGGCUGAGAAUUAACCCGUCCCUGUGGGAUAAAGAUGAUGUUUCCCUGUGGCUCCACUGGGCUCAAAAGGAGUACUCGCUGCGCCGGCCGGAGAAGGGGCGCUUUGAGAUGAACGGCAGAGCCUUGUGUCUCCUCACUAAGGAGGACUUCAGACUGCUGGCUGCUGUCGGGGCCGCUGUAAGCAGCCCGCCAAAAUCAGUGUCAGCCCUCACAGAUCGCCCCGUCUGUUACACUUUGUCUGCACCACUCACACAAAAGAACGGAGCAGCGGGUGCCUCAACAUUGCACCACAAUCAGGAUGAGUGUAAUCCCCAAACAAAGAACGUCACCCCAGAGCCUCUGAACCUCUCCAGCCGAGAUAAGCCGAGGAGUCCGCUGCACAAGGCAAACGGUCGCAUCCCAGAGUGCAGGCUGCUGUGGGACUAUGUGUAUCAGUUGCUUUGUGAUGAUCGUUACCAAGAAUACAUUCGAUGGGAAGAUCCGGACAGCUUGGUUUUCAGGGUGGUGGACCCCAAUGGAUUGGCACGGCUCUGGGGAAACCACAAGAACCGAGAAAAUAUGACCUAUGAGAAAAUGUCCCGGGCUUUACGGCAUUACUACAAACUGAACAUUAUCAAAAAAGAAAGAGGACAAAAACUCCUUUUCAGGUUUCUGAAACUCCCUCAAGAUAUCAGGAAACAGCAGGUCGAGGCUUCCGGCUCCCUGGAGCAAACUCCACCUCACAAUGGCGACUUCCCGGACUCCAGUCCUACACAAGAGUUCUCUGAAGACCAUUUUGAGGUUUCCCCUGAUCGGACGUCUCCACAGCCUCCUCCGACUGGUGCACCAGUGAGAUAGAAUAAAACCAUGUGUAGCAACACGGCUCUUACCGAAUAAAAUGGGAGGUUGUAAUAUAUUUAUCUCGUGGUUUGAGCUUUCAGGAAAAAAAUGCAUGUACAGUCUGAAAAAACACAGUUGUGUUGUUUACUGUGAGAUUAUUUUUAUUUUCUCUGAAUCAAUGUGUGUAUAACUGUGAUCUGGGUAAACACUAAUAUUAAGAGUGAGGGAAACUGUGAAAUUAAUCACAGAAUUAUCCAGCCAGCAAAAUAAUAUUCAAGACUUAAAAUUAUCUGCUUUGUUCAAUAUAAUCACAUAACAGAGUUAUUUUCAUAAACUUUACAGGUCUUGCAGCUAUGACUACAGUCCAAUAACAGGUUAAUAAGAGUUUAAUAACAGAAAGGAUACAUACGAGAGGAUAAAUAACUGUUUUAGUUUUGAAUGCUGGUUAAUAUGCAAGAUUGUUUCCACCACUAGAAAAAAAUUGCCAUCAAUAAGUCAAAAUGUCAGGUUAUUAUCUCCCAUUUUGGUACGGUAUCUGAAAGUUUCAGCUUAAGUAGUAACACCGUGAAAUCUCCAGCGUAGCUCAGAAUGGGAUUUUUACAAAUUGUUAUUUUUUUCAGUGGUGGAAGCAGCUUUUUCUACCCGUAGGUUAAGAAUUUGGUGUUUCAUUGUGUGUGUGUGUGAAAAGUUUGCAUUGAACUUGCUUUGGAAAAAUAAAUAUUUUGAU